CGAGGGCUGGCACUCACAGGAAGUAACCUGAAACUUUGAAAUUCAAACAUUUUUAGAGUGCCCAUGUCUCACUCUAUGGAAAGGAAAAGAGGAGAGACGAUAAAAUAUGUUUAAAUGUUAAAAUAAUAAUAAUAAUAAACUUAAAGAAGAAGAUUCAGCAUUGGCAGAGGAUUGUUAUGAAGCUGCAUAAGAAGAUUUUGACUCAUUACCAAUCCUGCACAUCACCGGUGGACAAAGAAGGAUUUCUCUACAAAAAGAAACAGAUGAAUGGCUCUUACCAUCGGCGCUGGUUCGUCCUGAAAGCCAACCUGCUGUUCUACCAAGAGCGGCCUGGUGACCGUCACCUGCUGGGCGUUAUCGUGUUGGAGGGAUGCGCGGUGCAAAGAGCCGACGCCGACGGACGCUUCUGCUUCUGUUUGCUCUUCAAGGGGUCUGAAACAAAGAGCUACCGGUUUGCAGCGGGGGAUGAAGAUACGCUGGAAAGCUGGGUGCGGACUUUGCUGUGCGCCAGCCACUGCUACCUCUCGCUGCUUCUACGAGACCUGCACAUGCAGUAUCAAGCGGUAAAGCAUCUCCAGGGCUCCGAUGACUCUCCCCACAGCACCAUAAACCUCAGACGACCACCAUUAUUGUAUUCAUCCUUAUCAACAGUAGUCAUCAAAAAGUCACCCAAUCCAUGGCACAGGUGGAACACUCAAGUCACCCCCUUGAAUGUGCCAACACCGCCAUCAUACGCCGAGUGGCCCCUGUUGGGGACUGAUCCACGGGAGGAGUUCCGUAAACUUCACGAGUACUAUGGCCAAGAGGUAAAAAAGGCCCGCGAAGCUUGGCUGACCAGACGGCAGCCUCCAGAGACAAACGUGCAAGAUCUCAUAGAUCUGAGUGAAAAGGGAAUUACUCUUUGAGAAGAAAGGAGAAAAGGAACUUGGCAUGUUAUCUACUUCAAAACACGAGUUUAGGCCACAUAAUAGCUCAAAUGGUAGGUCAUCAGCAGAUGGAGUGAAAACAAAACAAUGUAAGCAUGUACAUAAGAUGAUCCAUAAUUCAAUAAUAAUAAUAAUAAACAAAUAAUACAUUGUAAUUUAUGUUAUGUUUUGGUAAUAUUUAACCCCUUCAGACAGGCAUUUUUUUCCUGCUGUGCACACACAAAAAAUCUGCGCUGAUUUUUACUCUUCUCAAACACCAGAACAAAGUGCAUUUUUUGGGUCGGAGGUAUUGCAUGCUUUUAUUGGUUAUUUUUAAUGUUAAUGUGCUUUUGAUGAGAAAUGAGCUCUUUACGUUAUCCUUUUUGAAGUUCCGUUUGGUCAGCCAUUUUCAAAGAGCCAAAAAUAGCAAAGAGGGCAUGCCAAGCCUCAUGAUUUGAUUUCAAUGGGUAAAGUUUCAUCCAAUCAUUUCCCAGAAGUGGCAAUAGCAACUAAAUUCAGUGUAUUUAUUGGUUUAGAGACGCGAAAGCAUCAUGUCCUUCAGCAGCAAGCUUAGGUCUGAAGGAGUUAAUUUCUUGUAAUUAAUCAAUCAAAUGAUCAUGAUCACCCCAAAGGCGUAGGAAUGGUCUCAACAUUGGUAGGGACGAUAUAACAGCAUAACCUGCAUGUACACUUUUUGCUUAGGACGGGACGUUCAUAAAACCAAACAGAUUAGGUGCACAGAGGUAGGGGCUACAUUUCUCACAAAUAUGAACCUAAUUAAUUGAUAGGUUUAAUAAUCAAUGCAAAAUAAAUCUGUAUUGACAUACACUAACUUUUCAUAUGUUUUGGUUCAGGUCAUACAACCUUCGAUUCAAACCUUUGUUUUCAAAAACUACUAAAGAAACAUUUUGAAAAACCUAAGCCAGAAUAAUUGUCUAGAUUUUAUUAGCAUAUUUAAAUAGCAAUAUUUGAACAUAAUUUAAAUUAUAUUAACAUAAACAAUAAAUACAAACUUGUUGAUAAUCGCUUAACUAUCCAUGAAUAAAAAAAAAAAAACAUUUGUCUCAAGACCACGCCACAUUGUCUGUUUAAAUAAAGAAAUUAUAUAUAACUGAAAAUUCUUAGUCAGGGAAUAACAAAAAUAGAUAAAAAUUGGGCCUUCCUGAAAGUAAAACACGACUGAUUUUGUCCACAAGUGCAGCCAAACACAACAACAAAAAUGAAAGCUCCUUUGGACUACUUUAAGACCACAUAAACAAAAUAAAAAUGAAAAUUGGGGAGAAAGGGUUUAACCUCAGCUCACUACAUUUCUCACAGUUUAAUUAACGCUAACACUAGAAAACAGAUACAGGAGGACGCUUCUCUCUAAGCAGCUUCCUACUCGAGUUUUUUUGGGUUAGCAAAUUCACACAGCUUAAUGUUAUCCUAACUCUGAUAAGGUUAGACUUUCAGUAGUAAAAUAUCUGGUGUGUUCCCCACCUCCACGACAUUGACGCCUUUUUACAUUACUUGCUGCUGCUGGCUGAACUAAACUUCUAACAUCCUUCCUCUUCGAAGGGGGCGGAGGAGGCGGCAUGUUGUCGACAUGUUGUAUUCCUGUCAGAGCUGUGAGUGUGUGUGUGUUGGUGUGUUGGUCAAGUCAUCAGCCAAUCAAACGUCCGUUUGAGAAAAAAAUGGACCAGCACAUGUCUGAACAUAAUGAAAAAGAUUCACUUACCGUAUUUUUCGGACUAUAAGUCGUACCUGACUAUAAGUCGCACCAGUCAUAAAAUGCCCAGCGAAGAGGAAAAAAACAUAUACAGUAUAAGUCGCACCAGAAUAUAAGUCGCAUUUUGGGGGGAAAUUUACUUGAUAAAAUCCAACACAUAGAACAGAUGUCAUCUUGAAAGGCAAUUAAAAAAAAUACAAUAUUACAUUGCUAUUAAGAGUUAUUCAGAUAACUAUAGCAUAAAGAGCUUGCUAACAAGUUUACAAAACACCCAUGUCACUCCAAAACAACAUGUGAAAUGAUAUAAUAAUGUCUUAAUAAUUUCACACAUAAGUCGCUCCAGAGUAUAAGUCGCACCCCCAGCCAAGCUAUGAAAAAAACUGCGACUUAUAGUCAGGGGUGAAAAUGGGCCAGAACGGUCAGGAACGCAGUUCCGGUAUAAGAUUCAGGGCCAGAACGCAGUUCCGGUAUAAGAUUCACGGUGCUUUGAUUCUGAAAAAAUGACAGCAAAUGUCAAAACUCUAUGUAAAAAAAAAAAAAAAAAUGCUAAGCUGCCACACAUGCAUUUCAGCUCCAAGAAGAAAACAAUCUUCAGAUUUACAUACACAAGUGGUAACAACAAGCAUAAUGAAGUGCUUGUGUAGCGUAAUCUGUCUCCACCAAUAUUUAUUAUUGAUUUUAUUCCACGGACGGCAUGGAGGUUUCCCCAGCUGCUGCAGUUAUCUGAGUCUGACGAUGAUGAGUCACGUCAAUGUGCGAAUGCACGCAGCAAAGCAAAACGCCUGGACUCAUUUAUCCGUUCAAUCAGCAGAGAUGGUUAGCUCUGAUUGGUUCAAAUGUGCAUGUUUUCUGGAAUAGCAAAAAAAAAAAAAACUUGUUAAAUUGAUGUGACAAAAAAGAGCAUUGCAACAUAAAAUGGAUCAAAUAUUUAAGAGCAAUGAAAGAGUUGAGGAGGCUUAUUUGUCAUAUUUAGUUUUAUUUGCUCUGAUGGGGAGGUUCAGAACAUCUUAGCUGUCAAUGUGCACUUUGGACUAUUUGUUCAUUUAUGUUAGGCUACUUAUUUAUUUCCUUAUGAUUGAAAAAAGUCAAUGUUUGCACGAUCUUCAAACUUUAUUCCAUUUCACUAUGCAUAAUAUAAGUCAUUUGUACUUAUUUUUUUUAAAUGUAUGUUACAUAUAUGUUUAUUAUUUUUAAAAAAAUGGUUACAUUAACUUCAAUUUGAAUAUAUAUCCUAUGUUCUUAAGCAAUUAGUAUGUGAGGAAUUGAGGGAAAAUAAAAAUUAGGAGAUGGCGGUUGGGGUUAUUGCUGUUUUUGUUAACUUUUAUUUUGCAAAUCAUUGAAAAAAUACAAUUUUGAAUGAAAAAUAAAUAAAAUUUCUGGCUCCUUGGCGACCUUCACGUCGGGGAGUUCCGGCAAGAAAUUCUAGCCACUUUCACCCCUGCUUAUAGUCCAAAAAAUACGGUAAUAAUUAGAGGCAUCCCGAUCGAUUUUUUUUUAUUUUUUAUUAACAUGUUAAAAUAUUUAACGCAAUUAACGCAUGCGCUGCACGACCCACUCACGGAUUGUCGCGUUCAAUGUGUAAUGGCGCCGUUUUACCUAUAUAUAAAAGGCAGUGUAAAAUGAGUAGAAUGAAUUUUGGCAGCCUUUGAAGACUUUUUUUAAUUGGCUAAAGUCUUACAAUCCCUCUCCCUACAACUAGAAAUAUCGUGGGAAGCAAUGUGGGGAAGAAAGAUAGUGAUUGAUCUAUUUCUUAAUACGCUAUCUUAUUUCCCAAUGCAGAGAAGAUAUAUCAAUUGGUACCACUACGCACAGUCAUGGUUGCACUUCCCAUCAUGCAUAUGGGCAGAACAGUUAAAUGGCUACAGUAUCAUUUACUGAAAGCUCAACAAAUACACUAGAUGGCAAUAUUUAGUCACAAUAUACAAAGUCACAUGUAUCCUUUAAGAAUUACAAGUCUUUCUAUCCGUGGAUCCUUCUCACAGAAAGAAUUUUAAUAAUGUAAAUGCCAUCUUGAGGAUUUAUUGCCAUAAUAAACAAAUACAGUACUUAUGUACUGUAUGUUGAAUGUAUAUAUUCGUCUGAGUUUUAUUCUUUUUUUUUUCUUAAUGCAUUGCCAAAAUGUACAU